AUGGAAAAUGAAACGAAAGAUCUCUUACCAAGAUUGUCUCAACCUAGAUUAGUUUCAUGGUUUGAACGUAUUGCUGCAUUAGGUCAUGGUACAAGCAAAGAGAUGACUUCUGAAGAGGCAUUUGAUGUAGCCAAACAAGCCGAACCAAUCGAACCAAAGUACAUAGAAAACAAAACGAAACCUGAAUGGCAUGUAGGGCAACGGCUACAAGUUACACCCGAUGAUAUGGGUCGCAUACCAGUCGAAGGAAUAUUCGUUGCAGCAGAUGAUUAUGAAAUCGUACUUCGUCUAACAGAUGAAAAGGCAGGCAACAUUAAUGUUCAUUUUCCUCGUGCUGGAUUCGAUGUCAUUCCAGUCUAA